AUGAGGAAUUUCCUGACUUUCUCCGAGAAGAUGGCGUCGUCUACAGGCUCGGCGCCGGUGUUUUCUUACGCGCAGGCUGCGAAAGGAUUGACUCCCGCAUCUUCGACACAGGCAACCUCACGCAAUGAAAGUCCGGCCGCAUCUGACAAAAGUGCCAAAGACCGGGUGACUACCGAACAGACCAGCAAUCCGUCAGCCGGGAAAACGCCCAGAUCAAAGACGGAGUCUGAGGAGAAGCAAAGCAAGGAGUCGAGCUCGACCAAAUCGUCCACCAAAGAUGCGACAGAGAAUGCUCCGCCAGCACCGCGGAGUCAGCCUCCGAGUCCAGAUGACAAGUCAUCAAGUGGACCAGGCAGCUCACCCAGCAUUGAGCCAAAACAGGACGUGCAGAAAGAUGCACCUAGUGCACAGCUUCAAAAUGGACGGACACCUUCAGAGCCGUCUCCGGACUCAUCUUCACCGGACAAGGGCUCUCAGGGUGCUGCAGAAAAGAAGUCCAAAGAUGGUGAGGACGACUGGGAGAAGGUGUCAGUAGAGAAAGAACUCAAAGCGGCUCCUAUUCCGGCAGUCAAUGUUUGGCAACAGCGCAAAGAGGCUCAGGCAGCAAGGAUGAAAGAACGAGCAGAACAGCGAGCCACGAUUCAGAAUCCGUCCAACGCGGUGCCCAAACCGAAGAGUGGGAAUGAGGAUUCAAAGCGGAGGGUCGCCCAUAAAGAUGGCAGCAGUGAGAGAGAAGGAAAGAAUGCUGAUGCCACACGAUCUAAUGCUCAUCGAAAGGACAUUUCUUCGGCUCGUCCUUCUCGACCUGUAUCUCGGCAGGGAGAAAAGGCUGGUUCGGAGGUGCCGCCGCCCGUCGGUGAUGCACAGCUGUGGCCCACUCCUGAGAGCUCGAAUACCGAUGAACGACGCAAAUCGACCACGUAUGAAAAGGCUGAUAAGGCCGAAGCCAAAGGCAACGGCCAGAAAUCAUACGGGAACAAUUGGAAGCCAUUUCCUUUUGUGCCGACUGCCAAAUUCGAGACUCAGCUCCCUGCCUCCGCUCGACGAGGUGGGAGAGGUGCCCGAGGCCGAGAUUCUAAUGGACGGGGCAGUCAUCUCAAUUCUGCUGAGAGGCAUGAUUCGACCGCGUCGAUGGGCCCGCCUCCAUUACCAAAGCCAUCUGGUGAACAAGAUCGAGGCCGAAGAUCGGAAGAUUACCGUGGCGCCCGUGGUGCAUCUGUUCCCACCGGCAGCACGGUCCCUGCUAGUGGCGAUGAUGCAUCAUCGACUUCCCGCAAAGUUUCUGCCCCGUUGAACCAGGAGCAAGCGGGGACCGACCAUGUCGGCGUUGUUCCCCCUGGUGAAGAUCAAGCUCCAAGAACCGGGCAGAGUUCAAGAUCGUCUUCGAGACAUACUGGACGUGUUGCAGGCCGUAUGGUCAAUGGAGAAAACAAUACCUCGACGGAGCAAUUUUCUGGUGGUUGGGUUCCGUCCGGCGACCAAUCCAAUCGUUAUUCAUAUCCCUUUGAUCGAUUCAAAGGUGCCGGUACUGGUGCUACUCGCGGAAACGGAGAAUUUGCACGAGAUCGUGGUGCUGGCCGAAAUCGGGACUGGUCGAGAGACAAACCUGAUUCGGCUCGCGAGAAGGUCGAGUCCUGGCGUGAUCGUGAACCUUCAGGCGAUCAGAGCAGUCGACGUGAAAAUCGACCAGAGCGUGGACGUGGAGGCUACCGGGGUAGAGGUAACCACACUUACAAUCCACCUUUCUCAGCUCAUGCAUACACGUCUCCCUUGCCCCAAAACGGAUUUGAACCUGCCAGGUCCAAUUCUCAUUCCGAAAGUCGUUCAAGACAGACUUCGCAACCGUACCAGCCAAACCAGCCGGCUAGCACGACUCGCAACAAUCCACGUUCGCAAUCCAUCCCUGUUAGUAUGAUGUUUCCUGGCUAUUACAAUGGGGUGCCAGCAAUGCCUGGAGGUCUGCCCCCAUUGCAAACCGACAUGCAGAUGUAUGGAUAUCCGCAAAUGCACAUGCAACCGGGCAUUAUGAGCGCGAUGCCAUACAACGAUCCUUUGAAUUCAUAUGCCUUACUAUCAAUGGUGAUGACUCAGGUCGAAUAUUACUUUUCAAUUGACAAUCUUUGCAAAGAUUUGUACUUGCGUAAGCAUAUGGACGGUCAAGGCUAUGUCCCAUUAAGUGUGAUUGCCAAUUUUAAGCGGAUCAAGGCGCUCACGGAGGACAACAUGACUAUGGAUACUCUCCGUCAAGUUUGCCAGCAGGUAAAGAGUGUUGAAUUCCUACCCGGCACCGAUGGAGAUGAUCGGAUUCGACGUCGUGAGAAUUGGAGAGAUUUCGUUCUUCCGAUUGAGGAGAGAUUGGAAUCCGCUCGCAACGAUGGUCCUGCCCCGAAUCCAGAUCAGUACAACCGACCCUCCCAACCCGAAUCGUCAGCCACAUUUGAUCCAUCGUUUGGCUUGGGUCAACUGCGCAGCCCGUCUCUAAGUGUCGCUGCCACCAACGGCGCUUUUCACGCGAACUCGCCAAUGUCGUAUCUUCCGGGGGCACAAGCCGAUGGCCAGAUGGCCAAUGGUCCUUUUGUUCCUUCUUUGGAAGACAAUUCCGACGAUGCAGCACGUCGAACCUCCAUUGCGUCUUUUGCUCCAGCCGCAGGCGCUGUGCGAUCAUCUCCGAGCCAUGGCUCUGGACCAAUGGCCGAUCUUGUCAAUGGUCAUCGUCGUCAGGUUUCUCGUGCAGAUAUCGAGGAGAACGUGUUCCCUGACGAGAAUAUUCCGAAUAUCAACAUCCGCAUGCAGCCACGCCACUUCGGUGGUCAAAGUGAACCAUUUCCUCUUCCCGAUAUGGCGCUCAUGACUUCCCAUGAAUCUUCUGGUGGACCCAACGAGGGCAACAAUGCUACCAUGAAUGUUGGGCCAUCUCGCGUCGCAAGCUUACGAGGAGGAACCAGUAGCCCGCAGCAACUGGAACAAUUGCGCCACCUCUCAUUUGGAUUCUCCAGCUUCGUUCCAAUGGCGGACGAGAGUUCUGUCAUCUACGUCACGAAGGACGGUCAAGAAACUCAACUGCCGCCUCCUCAGCUCGGACAAUAUGAUCAGACUUAUCAAUCCCUCCAUGACGUGGCAUUCCAACAACGACAACAUGGCGUCGAAGGCGCUCUGGAACCACUGUAUUCUUUCUGGAGUGAUUUCUUGGUCGACAAAUUCAAUCUUGGCAUGUAUCAGGAAUUCAAAACUUCUGCGGUGAAUGAUUUGCAAGAGGGCAAUGACAGUGGCAUGACUCAUUUGGUUCGCUACUAUGGGAAGCUCUUGAGUGGCCCUGUCCCUGUCAGCGAACGCCUGGCAUCCGACAUGGUGACCCUGGCCCGCGAAGAAAAGAGGGAUGAUCGCCCCAUCUUCCACACAUUGCGAGCUGCUUGGCGAAACGGUGCCACCAACAUGAAAACCAUGAAGCGGCUCAGCGAUAUCCUCACAGCGGAGGAGAAAGCUGAAUUUGAUAAGAGUGGCUAG